GUAAGAAGUAAUAAGCUGCACAAAAUUAAAAAUACAUGUUGAUAAUCGAUGUUAUAAUUGUCAAAUUAAAAGUAAAACGACCACAAAAGUACCAAAGUCUACAAACAAAAAGAUAACUUUGGACGCAAGCGCAAAAUUGAUGAGCGAGCAACAGUAUUAAAACUAAAUUUAGCUAUUGAGGCAGCGUUGGGAGCGUGAGAAAUUAAGCUUUACAAAACUGAAACGAACGAAAAGAGGUAAACACUAGACGACCGCAACAUGGAGAAUUUCACUCCGAAGGAGGUGAAAAUCCUCGAGACUGUCGAGGAUAUACAAGAGCGCCGUGAGCAAGUGCUCUCGCGGUACAAUGAAUUUAAGAUCGAAACACGCCAAAAGCGCGAGAAGCUCGAGGACUCGCGUCGCUUUCAGUAUUUUAAGCGCGAUGCUGAUGAACUUGAGUCUUGGAUACACGAGAAAUUGCAAGCGGCCAGCGAGGAGAGUUACCGCGAUCCAACUAACUUGCAGGCCAAGAUACAGAAACAUCAAGCUUUUGAAGCAGAGGUGUCGGCCCAUAGCAAUGCCAUUGUCUCGCUAGACAAUACUGGCCAGGAAAUGAUCAAUCAGCAGCACUUUGCCUCUGAGACUAUUCAGCGCCGUCUGGAUGAGCUGCAUCAGCUCUGGGAGCUCCUGCUGAGCCGCUUAGCGGAGAAGGGCCUUAAGCUGCAACAGGCUUUGGUCUUGGUGCAGUUUUUGCGUCAGUGCGAAGAGGUCAUGUUUUGGAUCAAGGACAAGGAAACUUUUGUCACUGCCGAUGAGUUUGGACAGGAUUUGGAGCAUGUCGAGGUAUUACAACGCAAGUUCGAUGAGUUCCAGAAAGACAUGGCCUCGCAGGAGUAUCGCGUUACCGAGGUGAAUCAGCUGGCCGAUAAACUGAUCCAAGAUGGGCACCCCGAGCGUGACACAAUCACCAAACGCAAGGAGGAGCUCAACGAGGCCUGGCAGCGCCUAAAACAGCUGGCCAUUGUCCGUCAGGAGAAGCUGUUCGGAGCGCAUGAAAUUCAGCGCUUUAACCGCGAUGCCGAUGAAACUGUCGCCUGGAUAGCCGAAAAGGAUGUAGUACUAUCAUCGGACGACUAUGGACGCGAUUUAGCUAGCGUACAGGCCUUGCAACGCAAGCACGAAGGAGUCGAGCGCGAUCUUGCUGCAUUAGAAGACAAGGUUUCGACACUGGGAGCUGAGGCGCAGCGUCUGUGCUCCAUACAUGCCGAUCAUAGUGAUCAAAUACGCGACAAGCAGGCUGAAAUUGCCAACUAUUGGCAGAGUUUGACAGCGAAGGCCCGUGAGCGCAAACAAAAGUUGGAUGAAUCCUACUAUUUGCAUCGCUUUUUGGCCGAUUUCCGUGACUUAGUUUCUUGGAUAAAUGGCAUGAAGGCAGUUAUUUCUGCCGAUGAAUUGGCUAAAGAUGUGGCGGGUGCUGAAGCACUGCUGGAGCGUCAUCAAGAGCACAAAGGCGAGAUAGAUGCGCGCGAGGAUAGUUUCAAGCUGACUACAGAGUCGGGUCAAAAGCUGUUGGAGCGAGAACAUUACGCUGCCGCUGAAAUUCAAGAGAAGCUGGCGGCGCUUGAGAAUGACAAGAGCUCGUUGCUUUCGCUUUGGGAAGACCGCCGCAUUUUGUAUGAGCAGUGCAUGGACUUGCAGCUUUUCUAUCGCGAUACUGAACAGGCUGACACUUGGAUGGCCAAACAGGAGGCUUUCUUGGCCAACGAGGAUUUGGGUGACUCACUGGACUCUGUAGAGGCAUUGAUCAAGAAACACGAAGACUUCGAGAAGAGUCUGGCCGCACAGGAAGAAAAGAUCAAGGCAUUAGACAUUUUUGCAACUAAACUUAUCGACGGUCAGCACUAUGCCGCUGAUGAUGUAGCUCAACGACGUCAAAUGCUUUUGGCUCGUCGUGCGGCUCUGCAGGAAAAGUCCGCAAAGCGUCGUCAGCUACUUGAAGACUCGAAUCGUUAUCAGCAAUUCGAACGUGAUUGUGACGAAACCAAGGGCUGGAUCAGUGAAAAGUUGAAGUUCGCAACCGAUGACAGCUAUCUAGAUCCAACCAAUCUUAAUGGCAAGAUGCAAAAACACCAAAACUUCGAGCACGAGUUGAAUGCAAAUAAGUCGCGAAUUGAGGAUAUCACAAAUGUGGGUACCGAAUUGAUCGAGAAGAAGCACUAUGCGGCUGAUCAAAUCAACACACGCAUGCAGGAGAUCGUUGUAUUGUGGGAGACCCUUGUGCAGGCUUCCGACAAGAAGGGCUGCAAGCUGAACGAGGCCUGCCAGCAGCAGCAAUUUAAUCGCACUAUCGAAGAUAUUGAACUUUGGCUCAGCGAAAUCGAAGGCCAACUGCUGUCUGAAGAUCAUGGCAAGGAUUUAACUUCGGUGCAAAAUCUGCAAAAGAAGCACGCGUUGCUUGAGGCCGAUGUAAUGGCUCAUCAGGAUCGCAUUGAAAGCAUCAAGGUGGCAGCAAAUAAGUUCAUUGAGUCGGGCCACUUCGAUGCGGACAACAUUCGCAAUAAGGAAGGAAAUCUGUCGGCACGCUAUGCCGCACUAGCCGCCCCCAUGGGUGAGCGGAAGCAACACCUCUUGGACUCACUGCAGGUGCAACAGCUUUUCCGUGACUUAGAGGACGAAGCAGCUUGGAUACGCGAGAAAGAGCCCAUUGCCGCAUCCACAAAUCGUGGUCGUGACUUGAUUGGAGUGCAGAACUUAAUUAAGAAACACCAGGCUGUACUUGCUGAAAUCAACAACCACGAGGCACGCUUGCUUAAUGUCAUCAGCUCGGGCGAGAAUAUGCUAAAGGAUCAGCCAUUUGCCAGCGACGAUAUUCGUCAGCGCCUGGAUGCAUUGCAAGAGCAAUGGAACACUCUUAAAGAGAAGUCGAAUCAGCGAAAGCAGGAUCUGGAUGAUUCACUACAGGCGCAUCAGUACUUUGCCGAUGCCAAUGAGGCUGAAUCCUGGAUGCGUGAAAAGGAGCCCAUUGCAACCGGAAGUGACUACGGCAAGGAUGAGGAUUCCUCGGAGGCCCUGCUAAAGAAGCACGAGGCAUUGGUGUCUGAUUUGGAGGCAUUUGGCAACACCAUUCAGGCUCUACAGGAGCAGGCUAAGAACUGCCGUCAACAAGAGACGCCUGUCGUCGACAUCACCGGUAAGGAGUGCGUGGUCGCGCUCUAUGACUACACUGAGAAGUCUCCGCGUGAGGUGUCAAUGAAGAAGGGCGACGUGCUGACACUUUUGAACUCAAACAACAAGGAUUGGUGGAAAGUGGAGGUGAAUGAUCGUCAGGGCUUUGUACCGGCUGCCUACAUCAAGAAGAUCGAGGCUGGUCUUAGCGCCUCGCAGCAAAACUUGGUCGACAACCAUUCGAUCGCCAAGCGCCAGAACCAAAUUAACUCGCAGUAUGACAACCUAUUAGCUUUGGCACGUGAGCGCCAAAACAAGUUGAACGAAACCGUCAAAGCCUAUGUCCUUGUACGUGAGGCCGCCGAUUUGGCGCAAUGGAUACGCGACAAAGAAAACCAUGCCCAAAUUGCCGAUGUUGUGGGCGAAGAUUUGGAAGAGGUCGAGGUGUUGCAAAAGAAGUUCGAUGAUUUCAACGACGAUCUUAAGGCUAACGAGGUGCGUCUGGCUAAUAUGAACGAGAUUGCCGUGCAGCUAACAUCUUUGGGACAAACCGAGGCGGCUCUAAAGAUCCAAACACAAAUGCAGGAUCUCAAUGAGAAGUGGAACAAUUUGCAAACGCUGACAGCCGAGAAGGCCAGCCAAUUGGGUUCAGCCCAUGAAGUGCAGCGCUUCCAUCGUGACAUUGAUGAGACUAAAGAUUGGAUUGAUGAGAAGGCCAAUGCCUUGAACAAUGAUGAUCUGGGAAAGGAUUUGCGUAGUGUGCAGACAUUGCAACGCAAGCACGAAGGCGUCGAACGUGAUUUGGCCGCAUUGCGUGACAAAAUCCGUCAACUAGAUGAGACUGCCAAUCGCUUGAUGCAAUCUCAUCCUGAUACUGCAGAGCAAACCUAUGCCAAGCAAAAGGAAAUCAACGAGAUGUGGGAUCAGAUUAUAACCAAAUCUACAGCUCGCAAAGAAAAGCUGCUUGACUCGUAUGACUUGCAGCGCUUCCUAAGCGACUAUCGUGAUCUUUUGGCCUGGAUUAACUCCAUGAUGAGUCUAGUGACCUCUGACGAGCUAGCCAAUGAUGUCACUGGCGCUGAAGCCUUAAUUGAACGUCACCAGGCACAUCGUUCCGAAAUAGAGUUCACACUUGGUAAUAGUGGCGUGAGCGCUUUGCCACUACCCACAACAUCGACAUCACCAUCCAGCGACGAGGAACACCGCACGGAAAUCGAUGCACGUGCUGGAACCUUUGGGGCUUUUGAGCAGUUCGGAAACGAGCUAUUGCAAGCCAAUCACUACGCCUCUCCCGAAAUCAGGGAGAAAAUCGAGGAUCUGGCAAAAGCACGGGAAGAUUUGGAGAAGGCUUGGACUGAGCGUCGCUUGCAGUUGGAGCAAAAUUUGGAUUUGCAACUGUACAUGCGCGAUUGUGAGCUGGCGGAGUCAUGGAUGUCAGCCCGUGAGGCUUUCCUCAAUGCCGACGACGAUGACAAGGGUGGUAAUGUGGAAGCCUUGAUCAAGAAACAUGAAGAUUUCGACAAGGCUAUUAAUGGACACGAGCAGAAGAUAGCCGCCUUGCAAACAGUGGCUGAUCAACUGAUUGCCCAAAAUCAUUAUGCAUCCAAUUUAGUCGAUGAUAAGCGCAAGCAGGUGCUCGAGCGCUGGCGACAUCUUAAGGAGGGUCUCAUUGAGAAACGCUCCCGUCUUGGUGACGAGCAGACUCUGCAGCAAUUCUCACGCGAUGCAGAUGAGAUUGAAAACUGGAUUGCCGAGAAGCUGCAGCUGGCCACUGAAGAGAGCUACAAGGAUCCGGCAAACAUACAAUCCAAGCAUCAGAAGCAUCAGGCCUUCGAGGCAGAGUUGGCGGCCAAUGCCGAUCGUAUUCAGAGUGUGCUUGCCAUGGGCGGUAAUUUGAUUGACAAGAAACAGUGCAGUGGCUCCGAGGAUGCUGUGCAGAAACGCUUGACGCAAAUCGCUGAUCAGUGGGAAUAUCUGACUCAUAAGACGACUGAAAAGUCGCUUAAGUUGAAGGAGGCCAACAAGCAGCGCACAUAUAUCGCUGCUGUCAAGGAUUUGGACUUCUGGUUGGGCGAGGUCGAGAGUUUAUUGACCACUGAGGAUUCUGGUAAGGAUUUGGCUUCAGUCCAAAACCUCAUGAAGAAACAUCAGUUGGUCGAGGCGGAUAUCGUGGCGCACGAAGACCGCAUCAAGGACAUGAACAACCAGGCCGAUUCCUUGGUCGAGAGCGGUCAGUUCGAUACUGCUGGCAUCCAGGAAAAGCGUCAGAGCAUUAAUGAACGAUACGAACGUAUCUGUAAUCUGGCCGCGCAUAGACAGGCGCGUCUCAACGAGGCGCUAACAUUGCAUCAGUUCUUCCGCGACAUUGCCGACGAGGAAAGCUGGAUUAAGGAGAAAAAACUAUUGGUGGGCUCCGAUGAUUAUGGACGUGACUUGACAGGAGUGCAGAACUUAAAAAAGAAACACAAGCGUUUGGAAGCGGAAUUGGCAUCCCAUGAGCCUGCUAUUCAAGCUGUCCAGGAGGCUGGUGAGAAGCUCAUGGAUGUAUCCAACCUGGGUGUACCAGAAAUUGAGCAGCGUCUAAAGGCAUUAAACCAAGCUUGGGCUGAACUAAAGAAUCUGGCAGCUACACGCGGUCAAAAACUGGACGAAUCAUUAACUUAUCAGCAGUUCUUGGCACAAGUCGAAGAAGAGGAGGCCUGGAUAACCGAAAAACAACAACUUCUGUCCGUUGAGGACUAUGGUGAUUCCAUGGCAGCCGUUCAAGGUCUAUUGAAGAAGCACGAUGCCUUCGAGACUGACUUUGCCGCCCACAAGGAUCGCUGCUCGCUGAUCUGUGACCAGGGAAGUGAUCUGGUUGAAGCUAAAAACCACCACGCCGAUUCGAUUGCCCAACGUUGCCAGCAAUUGCGCAACAAGCUUGAGAACUUAAAUGCAUUGGCUGCACGUCGUAAGGGAGCUCUAUUAGACAACUCAGCCUAUUUGCAAUUCAUGUGGAAGGCCGACGUGGUCGAGAGUUGGAUCGAUGACAAAGAGAACUAUGUUCGCUCGGACGAGUACGGACGUGAUUUGUCCACUGUGCAAACGCUUUUAACCAAGCAGGAGACAUUCGAUGCAGGUCUCAAUGCAUUUGAACAGGAGGGCAUACACAACAUUACUGCACUAAAAGAUCAACUUAUUAAUGCUAAUCAUGCGCAAUCGCCGGCCAUUUUGAAACGUCAUGGAGAUGUGAUAGCUCGCUGGCAGAAGCUGCGCGACGCCUCCGAUACGCGCAAACAACGUUUGCUCGCUAUGCAGGAGCAAUUCCGCCAAAUCGAGGAACUCUACUUGACAUUUGCCAAGAAAGCUUCGGCCUUCAAUUCUUGGUUCGAAAAUGCCGAAGAGGAUCUUACUGAUCCUGUUCGCUGCAAUUCGAUCGAAGAAAUACGCGCCCUACGAGACGCACACGCACAAUUCCAAGCGUCACUGUCAUCGGCCGAAGCUGACUUUAAGGCAUUGGCAGCACUCGACCAGAAGAUCAAGAGCUUUAAUGUUGGACCGAACCCAUACACAUGGUUCACCAUGGAAGCUCUUGAGGAGACCUGGCGUAAUCUGCAAAAGAUCAUAGAGGAACGCGAUGGCGAACUUGCCAAAGAAGCCAAGCGUCAAGAGGAGAAUGAUAAAUUGCGCAAGGAAUUUGCCAAGCACGCGAAUCUCUUCCAUCAAUGGCUGACCGAGACAAGAUAUUAUAUGCUGGGUUAUAAUCGUCAAGGAACAUCCAUGAUGGAAGGAUCUGGUUCACUAGAACAGCAACUGGAGGCUCUUCGCGUAAAGGCUACAGAAGUUCGCGCACGACGUGUCGAUCUAAAGAAAAUCGAAGAAUUGGGCGCCUUGCUUGAGGAACAUUUGAUUUUGGACAAUCGCUAUACGGAACAUUCGACAGUUGGCCUGGCCCAGCAAUGGGAUCAACUGGAUCAGUUGUCAAUGCGAAUGCAACAUAAUUUGGAACAACAGAUACAGGCACGUAACCAUUCGGGCGUCUCCGAGGAUUCUCUGAAGGAAUUCUCAAUGAUGUUCAAGCACUUUGACAAGGAUAAGAGCGGAAAACUGAACCAUCAAGAGUUCAAAUCUUGUCUGCGCGCGCUUGGCUACGAUCUGCCCAUGGUUGAAGAGGGACAGCCGGAUCCAGAAUUUGAAGCCAUUCUCGACGUUGUCGAUCCAAAUCGCGAUGGAUACGUUUCCCUGCAAGAAUACAUUGCAUUCAUGAUAUCGAAAGAAACCGAGAAUGUUCAAUCCUACGAAGAAAUCGAAAAUGCCUUCCGCGCCAUCACUGCCGCCGAUCGACCCUACGUUACAAAGGAGGAACUCUACUGCAACCUCACCAAGGACAUGGCGGACUAUUGUGUACAACGCAUGAAGCCAUUCGCGGAACCGCGAUCCGGUCAGCCCAUUAAGGACGCUCUAGACUACAUAGAUUUUACACGAACGCUUUUUCAAAAUUAAGCAGCGUGUUUAACGUUUGGAAACUUCACUGGCGCCUGAGAAAAUUUCUUAACAAAUAAAAAUAUAUAUUUACAUACACGAUUAUUUUCGAUAAUUUUAGCAAUUAA